CCCGAUCGCCCCUCCCCGGCAGGCCAGGCACUGGGACGCCCCGGCCGAGCAGGCUGCGGUGGCUGCGAGUUGGGGAGCCCAGGGCUCGGCGCUGCAGGACGAUCGCGAGCCGAGUGUCCCCUGCCCCGGCCGAGCCACGCCGGGCCCUGCUUCCAGCGGGGCCACGCCCUGUCAAAACUUUGUAGUAGCUGCAGCCGGGGCGAUCGAGCCCGAUCCGAGAGCGGGAGGGAGGGGCGCGGGGCCGAGCCGGGCAGGGCGCAGGGCUCCGAGCGUGAGCGGUGGCCCCGGCCGGCGGCCCCACCAUGCCCCAGCUCGGUGGUGGCGGCGGGGGCGGCGCCGGCGGGGGCGGCGGCGGCUCCGGAGCCGGGGCAACCAGUGGAGGGGACGACCUCGGGGCGAACGACGAACUGAUCCCCUUCCAGGACGAGGGGGGCGAGGAGCAGGAGCCGAGCAGCGACAGCGCAUCGGCACAGCGGGACCUGGAUGAGGUCAAGUCGUCCCUGGUCAACGAGUCGGAGAAUCAGAGCAGCAGCUCAGACUCAGAGGCGGAGAGGCGCCCGCAGCCUGCCCGGGACGCUUUCCAGAAGCCGCGGGACUAUUUCGCUGAAGUGAGAAGGCCCCAGGACGGCGCGUUCUUUAAGGGACCUGCGUACCCUGGGUACCCCUUCCUGAUGAUCCCAGACCUGAGCAGCCCAUACCUCUCCAACGGACCCCUGUCUCCGGGUGGAGCUCGCACCUACCUGCAGAUGAAAUGGCCCCUUCUUGACGUUCCCUCCAGUGCCACAGUCAAGGACACAAGGUCACCAUCUCCAGCACACUUGUCCAACAAAGUUCCUGUUGUUCAGCACCCUCAUCACAUGCACCCGUUGACACCCCUCAUCACCUACAGCAAUGACCACUUCUCCCCUGCCUCUCCUCCCACGCACCUCUCCCCAGAAAUCGAUCCAAAGACAGGAAUCCCCCGCCCCCCUCACCCAUCUGAGCUGUCACCAUAUUACCCACUGUCUCCUGGAGCUGUUGGACAAAUCCCCCAUCCCCUCGGCUGGCUCGUCCCACAGCAAGGACAACCCAUGUACUCCCUCCCUCCUGGUGGCUUCCGGCAUCCUUACCCUGCCCUCGCCAUGAAUGCCUCAAUGUCCAGCCUGGUGUCCAGUCGGUUCUCCCCACACAUGGUGGCUCCCGCACAUCCUGGCCUGCCCACCUCAGGGAUCCCCCACCCCGCCAUCGUCUCCCCCAUCGUAAAGCAGGAGCCAGCAGCCCCCAGCCUGAGUCCUGCGGUGAGCGCGAAAUCCCCAGUCACCGUGAAGAAGGAGGAAGAAAAGAAGCCUCACGUGAAGAAGCCUCUGAACGCCUUCAUGUUGUAUAUGAAGGAGAUGAGGGCCAAGGUGGUGGCUGAGUGCACCCUGAAGGAGAGCGCUGCCAUUAACCAAAUCCUGGGAAGAAAGUGGCACAACCUGUCUCGAGAAGAACAGGCCAAGUACUACGAGCUGGCCCGGAAGGAGCGGCAGCUUCAUUCUCAGCUCUACCCAACCUGGUCAGCCCGGGACAACUACGGUAAGAAAAAGAAAAGGAAGAGAGAAAAGCAGCUGUCACAGGCACAGUCCCAGCAGCAAAUUCAAGAGGCAGAAGGUGCUCUGGCCUCCAAGAGCAAGAAGCCAUGUAUUCAGUACCUGCCCCCUGAGAAGCCCUGUGAUAGCCCUGCCUCUUCCCAUGGCAGCACGCUGGACUCACCUGCGACCCCCUCCGCAGCCUUGGCGUCACCAGCUGCCCCUGCUGCCACCCACUCCGAGCAAGCCCAGCCCCUGUCCCUCACCACCAAACCAGAGACCCGGGCCCAGCUGGCUCUCCACUCAGCUGCCUUCCUGUCAGCGAAGGCUACAGCCAGCAACUCCAGCCAGAUGGGCAGCCAGCCCCCACUCCUGUCCAGGCCCCUGCCCCUGGGGUCCAUGCCUACAGCUCUGCUGACCUCUGCUCCUUCCUUCCCAGCCACGCUCCAUGCCCACCAGGCCCUCCCUGUGCUACAGGCCCAGCCUCUUUCCUUGGUCACCAAGUCUGCCCACUAAGCUACCCCCUGUUCUAUGCAGGCUAUCACGUGACUCCAAGUAGUAAUGAUUCAGAAGAGGGACGGGGGGAGGAAACUUUAUUGGUCAAUAUUUGACCACUCUGAACUGUUCUGUAAAGUGACUGGUAACAGCAGCGCUUUACACUUGUAGGUGUAACCAGUAGCUGAUCUUCAGGCUUUUUUUACAAACAACAACAAAAAAACCCAAAACAAAACAAAACCACACACAAAAAAUCUUUACAAGAAAGAAAACUGAAAAGUUAUUCUCUCCCUGUGUGGUGGUGGGUGUACCUGGGCAGAAGACACCUCUCUACCUCUUUCUGACUUUCUGCCCUCCUCUUUCUCCUUGUCACCUGCCCCAGCUUCUCUCCCCUCCCCCUUCUCCAUUUGCAAGGCUGCGUGGCCUAGAGUUUUAGCCUGGCACCUCUUCCUUGGAAUGCAUUCCUGUUUCCUUAGCCCAAGUUUUUGUCAUGUGCUCAACACCAUGGUUUCUCGCCCCUUUGUCCUCUGCUCAGUGUAAGGCCUUGGCCACGUGCAGUGACAUCUUGUCCUGAUUUGUUCCCACUAGCACCCCCCCCAACCAUGUCAUGUUGUGUCGUGGUUCCCCCCCCCCACCGUCCUCCCCCAUCCCUCUGCAGGCUCCAACCUGCCAGCCUCCAGCUUACAGUGAGGAAAGAAGUCCUCUGAAACAGUCCCCCAACCCCUGCAUUUAAAGGGACUCAAGGUGCCUGCCACUUCCUCAUGGAAGGAGUCUGUGUUCCUCUCCUGUUCCCAGUUGAGGUUUCCCUCUCACAACCUCAGAGUGGCUGGCAGGGCCAAGUCCCCGUGGUCUGGUGCCUGCCACUUGGGUCUGUGCUAGCACAAUCUGCCAAAGUCUCUAAGACCCUCUGCCCUCCCCCCAUCACUUCACAUGCUUCUUCUGUGUGUAUUUCAUUUUUUUUUAUGGUUUUUGGAGCAAUUUAAACUCUGUUUAUUUUCACAAAAGAAAAUAAAAUUGCAUUUGCAAGA